UGUCACUUGUCAGUUUCAAAUAAAAAGUUAGAUACUGUGUUGUUUAUUGAUAAACAACACAUUUCGCCGGUUCUUAUUAAUAUCAAGAUUUCAUCCACGACGGAGGAAACCAUGAAGGAAACGCCAACUCCGGAAGUAGAUACUAGAAAUGUCGUGAAGAACAGAGAACUUCUUUAUCGAAUGAUUAUAAGUCAGUUACAUUACGAUGGUUUCCAACCUAUAGCCGCGACUCUAUCAGCCGCUGUACAUGCAGACCCACCGUGCCCUCCGAGUGACAGACUAUUAAAUCUAAUGAUGGUCGGUCUGCAACAUGAACCGGACCGGAAGGACAGGCUGGCGGCAUCCAGCGGGGCGGAACAUCUGCUGGGAACUACCGGCUUUGAUCUCGAGUUUGAGAUGGAUGCGUCCUCGCUCGCCCCUGAGCCGGCCACGUACGAGACGGCUUAUGUGACGUCACACAAGAUGUCUUGUAGGGCCGGAGCGUUCAGUGCCUGUGGCCAGCUGGUGGCUACCGGCAGUGUUGAUGCUAGUAUUAAGAUUCUGGACGUGGAGCGGAUGUUGGCUAAAUCAGCUCCCGAGGAAGUUGAUCCCGGGAGAGAGCAACAGGGACAUCCGGUGAUACGAACAUUAUACGAUCACACCGACGAGAUAACCGCCCUGGAUUUCCAUCCCCGGGAACAGAUCCUGGUAUCAGCGUCCCGGGACUGCUGCAUCAAACUGUUCGACAUAACCAAAGCCUCGGCCAAGAAAGCCUAUAAGUCCAUUACGGAUGCUGAGCAGGUGCUGUGCGUGGCGUUCCAUCCUCUCGGUGAUCACAUCAUCGCUUCAACGACACAUCCGGUGAUAAGGCUGUAUGACGUCACCACCAGCCAGUGCUUCGUCUGCCCGAUACCGUCCCAUCACCACAAGAAACUGGUGCAUUCCAUCAAGUUUUCACCGAACGGUAAGUAUUACGCGUCGGGCAGCGCUGAUGGUAGCGUCAAGCUCUGGGACACCGUCUCCAACAGAUGUUUUAACACGUUCACAAACGCUCACGAGGGUGCAGAAGUGUGUUCAGUGGCUUUCACCAGGAACAGCAAGUAUCUCCUCACAUCUGGUUUGGAUUCGUCUAUAAAGUUGUGGGAGUUAGCGAGCAGCCGUUGUCUGAUACAAUAUACGGGGGCCGGUACUACAGGUAAGCAGGAACACCACGCCCAGGCGAUAUUCAAUCACACUGAGGACUACGUGAUGUUCCCGGACGAGGCGACCACCUCGCUCUGCACCUGGCACUCCAGGUCAGCCAGCAGGUGCCAGCUGAUGUCUCUGGGGCAUAAUGGAGCUGUUAGGUACAUAGUCCAUUCUGGUACGGCUCCAGCGUUCCUCACCUGUAGUGAUGAUUACAGAGCCAGGUUUUGGUACAGACGGAACACGCAUUAAUAAAACGUAUAUAUAUGUGA